CUGGCAGGUCGAGCAAGCAAAGGAGGGACGACGACAAGAAGAAGCUGAAGCAAGAAAGGAAAAUGGCUGAUAGGUUUUCGCGUUUCAACGAAGAUCGUGAUUUCCAGGGAAAUCACUUUGAUCAGUACGAGGAUGGGCAGCUUGAGAUCGAGCAGGCGUCAUUGGACAAGCCCAUUGAAUCGGAUAAUAUUGGACAUCGCUUGCUCCAGAAACAUGGCUGGAAGUUGGGCCAGGGACUGGGAAAAACUAUGCAAGGGAGGACCGAUCCCAUCCCUAUUAUCCUCAAGUACGAUGUCAUGGGAGUGGGGCGUAUGGAGAUGGAGAUGGAUUAUGCAGAGGACUGUACAGAGAAGAGACGAGUGCUGGAAGUGGAAAAGGAGGACACAGAGGAGCUUAGACAAAAAUACAAGGACUUUGCGGAGAAAGAAAAAGCCAUCGCCAAAGCUCUAGAAGACAUGAGAGCAAACUUCUACUGCGAGCUCUGUGACAAGCAAUACCAAAAACACCAAGAGUUUGACAACCACAUCAAUUCCUAUGACCACGCUCACAAACAGCGUCUAAAGGAGCUGAAACAGCGUGAAUUUGCCAGGAAUGUUUCAUCUCGGUCACGCCGAGAUGAGAAGAAACAGGAAAAAGCACUGAGACGGCUGCAUGAGCUGGCGGAGCAGAGGAAGCAGACCGACAGCAGCACGCCUGGCAGUGGUCCGAUGUUCAGAGCCCUGACAGUAGCAGCGGAUGAGGAGAACAGUGAGGAUGGAAGCUCCUACACGGAUGGAGUUACCUGCCUUCUUGGGGAGAAAAUUCUUGCUGAAGAUGGCCCCACUCCCAACUGCAGUCCGCCCUCCAGUGAGGCUUCAUCCAAACCUGCCAAUGCUAUAGCUGCUAGCACGCAGCUCUCCUUGAAUGCCAGCCUGUUGCCCAAGGUGGGGGUCUCUUUCUCCUUUGCUAAAAAGGCUCCCAUUAAACUGGAGACAGCAGCUUCUGUUUUCAAAGAUUUGGGGGAGGAGGUGUCUGUAGAAGAAGGCCAGAAGGAUGAGGGCAAGGCGGCCAGCGACCCCAUUCCAGUCGUGAGCACCUCCGACUCAGAGAGCCCCAGUGCAUCCCAGCUGAAGCCCGUUGGAAGUGAGGAUGAGCAGCAAGACGCCGAAGGAGGAACCCUUGCUUCCACGCUAACAAAACUGAAGAUGAUGAUGAAGAAAGAAGAAGGCUACAGUCAGCAGGAGCCACAGUACUACCACUACAUGCCUCCGGCUCACUGCAAGGUCAAGCCCAACUUUCAGUUCAUGCUUUUCAUGAAAGCCUCGGACCAGAGUAGCUGUCCUCUGCUUGACGAAACCAGCAAGCUCCCCAAAGAGAUGGACGAAGCAGGCGAUGGAGGGCAGAAGACGGUAUCCCCCAAACAGCCAGACGUUCAAGUCGAAGAAACAUGCAAGGAGAGCAGUGACGCAGAGAAGCCGCAGCAACCACCAGCACAGUCCAAGGCCAACAACGGCAAGAGCAAAGAGGUGGGCAGCUCCUCAAAAGCACAGGCCUCUCAGGCCUCUCAGGCCGCUCAGGCCUCUCAGGCCGCUCAGGCCUCUCAGGCCUCUGACAAGCAGCCGGCCACCAAAAGCGAGCAGGCCGAUGGUCCACGACGUUCCCUGGGGCCCUUCUUCCCGGUACUGAGUAAAGACGAGAGCACCACCCUGCAGUGGCCUUCUGAGCUCCUUGAAUUCACCAGCGCCCAGCCCUCUCUGUCGUACAGCUGUAACCCUCUUUACUUUGACUUUAAGCUUUCGAGAAACAAAGAUGGCAGAGCAAAGCAAAAUGCCGAGAAGGCUGCUGCCACCACCGAACAGCCUGCUGCCCUGAACGCUGACAAGGAGGGCCAAGGACCCAGUGAGCCCAGUCCAGUGACAAAGAAAGACAAGGCGACCAAGGCCCACAAGGCCAAAAAAAAAAAAAAGCACAAAAAGUCGUCCAAACGGCUCAGCCGGAAAGAGCGCAAUGGCGAAAAGGAGAAAGGCGCGGUAGCGGGGACAUCGGAAACCGCAGCCAGCGAAAAGUCCAAAAAGAAGAAGAAACGCAAGCGGAAGAAAAGCAAGAGCAGAGCGUCUGAGGAGCGGGAAAACAGCAGCCAGGCAGGUGGGGCGGCAGAGACGGCCGAGGUAAGUGAAGGGGCCAAAAGGAAGCGCCCCCUUCAGGAGGAGUCCCAGAAGGCCACAGGCGGAGAGCAGUCGGCCUCACCCGACCGGCACAGCAGUGCAAAGCGGCACCGGACAGACGGGGCCGAGGCUACGACAUCCUCUGCUCUGAGGAAGCCCUCGUCCAGCCCUGCCCGGCGCAGCCGAAGCCGUCGGCCCAGCAGUGAGGAAGACGAAAGUGAGGAUGGCCAGCACCAGCGUCGAAAAGCAUCAUCCCGGCCAGCCCACCGCCGACGGCAUCACAGUGGGGCCUACGACUCGGAGCGCUCGCGGAGCCGGUCUUCGCGCAGAGGUGGUCGCCGCCACGGCCGACGGGCCUCGUCCCACAGCCGUUCCUACUCCAGCAGCUCCGAACACUCGUCCGACAGGAGCAGUCCCUACAGCAGCCACAGGGGGCGCAGUUAUUCGGACAGCUACAGCGACUACAGUGAACGGUCGCGCCAGCGCCGCUGGUCCAAGCACUCUCCCACCUCCGACUCCGACUACGAACGCUCCCAUCGUGGAGGGCGCCGCUCCCGCAGGCGCAGGUACUCGUCGUCGGAGGAAUCCAGCCGGUCGAGAAGCAAUAGUCGGCGGAGCAGCCGCCGCAGGCGCAGCAGCCACCAACGCAGCUCGUGCAGCAGCAGCCGCAGCCCCAGCUGGAAGCGCAGCCGCAGCAGCUACAGCCGUAGCUCGGGGAGCCGCUCCCGCCGCUCGUCCAGCUCCACCAAAGGGUCUUCCCGAGGGGGCCACCACCACCGAGACAGCUCAGCCGAUCGCCCAGAAGGUCGCAGAAGGGACUUCAACCGCUCCAAAAUUUACCGAUCACAGUCCCCUCAGAGUUCGUCCCGCACCCAGGCAUCUAAGAAGGAGAGCAGCGGCACCGUGAGUAGCGGAGCUACAGACGCCGCCGAGCCCAGCAGUCUGGAGGAGAGGAACUCGCUCACGGCACGGCUGCUUCUCGAGAAGGUGCAGUCUCGCAAGGGGCCAGAUGAGGGCGCCACCACCUCUACAAAGGCGGGCAUCAAGCUGAAGAACCCACCACAGGGCUACUUUGGACCCAAACUGCCUCCCUCGCUGGGGAACAAAGCCGUCUUGCCACUCUUUGGAAAGCUCCCAGUCGUGAAGAAGCCUGUGCUGCGACGGCCGGAGGAGACCGGCCCGGAAAAGGCAGAGGAGGUGGAGGCUCCCGAAGCGGCACCCAUCGAGACGGUCAUCGUGGAGCCCAUCCGUGAAUUUCCACCGCCACCCCCUCCUCUGCCGCCUCCACAACUGGAAGAAAACGGACAGGCACCUGAGGAGGAAGUGCCGGUUGAAGAGCCACCGGCCGCCGCCGCCCCCGAGGCUCCUGCCUGCCUCUUCCAGCCCGAGCCCGCCCUGCUCAUGCCACCCUUCUCGUGUGAGGCUGCAGAAGUCCCUGACAAGCCCCUGCCACCAGAGCUCCAGGCCUUCCCUGGCUACGUGGACGCAGAGGAGCCCGAAGCCGAAGACGAGUCGUCCCUGGCACCGCUGGAGAGCCAGCCUAUCACCUUCACGCCCGAGGAAAUGGAAAAGUACAGCAAGCUGCAGCAGGCGGCCCAGCAGCACAUUCAGCAGCAGCUGCUCGCCAAGCAAGUCAAGAGCUUCCCCGCUGCUGCUGCUGCCGCGCUGCCGCCGCUGCCAAUCUGGCCCAAGCACCUGCCCUCCAGCCCCUGCAUAUCCAACAGCCCCCUGCGGCGGCAAGUGCCACCUCGAUCACUACCGUGCAGCAUGCCAUCUUGCAGCAUCACGCGGCCGCAGCCGCCGCCAUUGGCAUCCACCCACACCCUCACCAUCCUCACCCCCAGCAGCUGGCGCAAGUACACCACAUCCCUCAGCACCACCUCACACCGAUAUCCCUGUCACCCCUCGGCCAUUCACUUAUCCCUGCCCACCCGGCGGCGUUCCUGUCCAGCCAUCCCAUUCAUAUCAUCCCCGCCUCCGCUUUCCACCAUACCCCUUUGGCACUGCACCAUGUGCCACACGCGGCCCUCUACCCCACCCUCUUCACUCCCCGGCCCACGGCAGCGGCUGCAGCAGCUGCCCUCCAUCUGCACCCCCUCCUGCACCCGAUCUUCUCGGGCCAAGACCUGCAGCACCCCCCAAACCACGGCUCCUGAGGCGAGGCAAGGCGGGAGUUGCGUGCAAGAAGAGCCCCAUGGGACUGAGAGUACCUGCUGCGAUGCGGGUGAGAGAGAGAGAGAGAGAGAGAGAGAGGGCGGGCGAGCAGGCCUGCAGGCGUGCCACCACUUUGGCCUUGGGUGUUGUCAUUUUUAACAUUUUUAGGUGUGUAUGUAUAUACACUUGUACAUAUACACGUGUAUAUAUGCAUAAUUUUUUUUGUUGUUGAUGGCCAAAGUGUGGCCUUGGGGCUGUCGGGCAGUUAGGACGUGGGCUCGCUGACCGAUGGAGGGACGGAACUGACCGACCAUGCGAGAAUGGAGCUCGGGUUUCCAGCAUAGCUACCAAAUAUUGGGAAAGCCGAGUGACUCCUGCUGUACAAAGUGUAAAGGCGCUGAGGCGCACGCGUGUGUGAAUUUUCUUUCUUCAAUUGAACAGAAUAACAAAGCAGAGCUUAGAAGCAUCCGGAGACGCAGCCUUCACUGUGGCGUCCUCUCCCUGCAGAGCCGUUGAGCGGCCCACUGCACGGGGCUUCUGAAACGUUCAGGCGGGGCGGGGCAAGGCGCGGCCCACCUGGAACUGGCCAGUCUGGCUAGGUAGGUGAAGUCAAACCUUCAAGGUCGGACUUGUGCUUUAUGUCCUUUUAACUCCCCCCACUAAUAAAAGCAGACCCUCGCUAGGAGCUCAGGUGUGGUGAUUGGGAAGCAGCCUGGUGCUCGAGUUUAGCGCCUUUAGAGCUUGCCAGAGGUCAGCCAUUGACGGUGCCCUCUAGCUGCUGAUGAUGAUGGGUUUUUUGUUCCUCUCUCUAACACUUGAUGAACCCAUUUUGUAAAAAUCAUCAUCUGCUUUGAAGGGGCUGCUCCUGGCCUGCCAUGUCACACGCAUGGUCACCGUGCUCAUCUUCAAAAGAAAGGCAGCAAGUGCGACACAAGCGAGUCUCAACUUCGUGUGCCCAGCUUGCUCUUCUGUUGUUCCCCUGAAGCUCCAUACUGCCUGUUCUGGGGGCUACGGGCCGGGACUCUGCAACUCACCUCGUUUUUAUUUAUUUUUGUUUGAUUUUUGGGGGGCUGCAGUCGCCAAAGCAAUGGAGCUCUGCAGUGCGAGGACUGGAGGAUGGAACUUGCACGUUUUUAUUUCACUUUCACACAGAUGGUAUAUUACUGUAAAAUAGAAAUCCUUUAUAAUAAAAUGAUUUACAAAAAAAAAA